GGCACGCCUGGAUGUCUUACCUGGUCGACAAGCCACCCACCGAGGACAAGAUCCUGCAACGGCAGGUCCGGGUCUGGGAGCCCAAGGAGCAUCGACCCGUCAUGUCAGCUACGAGAAGUGCUUACAAGCCGUACAGCACGACGAAGAACAAGUACUCGCCGUGGCAGCCUCAUGCGAUCGCGAGAUAGUCGGGUACAACACUGACUCAUACUGAGUCGUAGCGAGGUACCCUCGAAUAACAACAUGGGAAAUGCACGGGGUGGAGGAGUCAAUGGGCGUUCGGGCGAUCAGAGUGUGGCGCUGAAGUCUGCAUGUUGUAUCAUCAACCCUUGGUCUACAGGCAUGGAAUAGUACACCGCGCAAGAAUCUUCGAGCACAAGCAUCCCCUUCGCAGUGUCUUGGUUGCAACUAGUGGAUCUCUGUGGGAAGAGUCAUACAUUCUACCUUCCCAAUCGAGCGUAAAGCUUCGGCUUGUGGCUUGGAGGCCGUUCGUCAUGUACACCGCAAUGAUCGGGUAGCGUUACAGUCAUUCCAUAUGUCAAAAUUCC